AUGAAUUCUAAUUUAACUAGACAAGCGUUGACAGCGUAUAGACAUGGCUUGAGGGCUGCAAGAGUAGCGUUCAAUGAGGAUACUAGAUUGCUUGAAGCAGCUAGACAGAAAAUGAAACAAGGAAUGAAAACACCAGAGAAUCCUGAUACACCCAUUGAAAAACAAAUUAAAUUAAUGGAAGAUGUUGCUCAAUUCUUAAGAAAAAAUAUUGUCCAAGGGAAAAAAAUUGAGAAUGGGUUGAAUAAUGAGAAACCUACUUAUCAUUUAAAUUUACAUAAGGAUACAGAAUUAGGAGAUAAUGAUGAUAUUAAAAAUAUAAGUAGAAGAAAUACCUUGACUUCAAACUCUACAUCGACAGGAGGUUGUUGUGGAGGUAGUGGUCAACCUAAUCAAUAA